AUGAAGUAUCUACUAACAAUAUCAGUGUCACAAAUUACAAGCGUAUUGUUUAUUUUAAUGCAGAUUCUAAAUAAUAUAACGGCACGAAGGGUCCCUGUGGAAGGCUAUUUUCCCAAUGGUUUCUAUGAGAAUCAAGCACAAUAUAUUAAAUUUAAUGCUGCCUUACAAAAAUUAGAACAUGAACCUAAAUGGGUUGAGAACUGGCCUGAUCCAUCUAUUAAGAUGGGUCAAGUAUCUGGAGUGGCCCUGGAUAACUCUGGUCUUCUUUUGGUAUUUCAUCGAGCUUCCAACACAUGGGAUGCCAGUACAUUCAAUGAACGGAAUGUAUACUCAGCUAUUGGGGAAGCACCUAUACCACAUCCCACAAUUCUUAUAUUUAAUGAUACUGGAGAGCUGGUUGAUAUGUGGGGACAGAAUCUUUUCUACAUCCCGCAUGGGAUCACAGUGGACAGCUCCAGCAAUGUGUGGCUGACUGAUGUGGCCUUACAUCAGGUGUUUAAGUUUACCCCCGGCCAGCGGGACAAACCGGCAAUGGUGCUAGGAGAGAAAUUCAUCCCCGGUGAUGAUGAAGAGCACUUCUGCAAGCCAAGUGCAAUAGCGGUGAUGUCCAGUGGGGAGUUCUUCGUUGCGGAUGGUUACUGUAAUACAAGGAUCAUAAAGUUCGCGCCAGAUGGCACCAGGAUAUUACAAUGGGGAAGGCGCUACGGCGAGUCGCCGUUCGUACUGAACGUGCCGCACGCGCUAGCGCUUGCGGAGGAGCGCGGCGCGGUGUGCGUGGCGGACCGCGAGCGCGGUCGCGCGGCUUGUUUCCGCGCGGACAACGGCACGUACGUGGCCGCCUACUCGAGCUGGCUCGUCGGCGCGCGCCUCUUCAGUCUCGCGUACGCGCCCGCACAUGGUGGUCGUUUAUACGUCGUUAAUGGACCGAAUGGCGGAGUUCCCGUACGCGGCUACGUACUCGAUUACGAAUCGGGCCGAAUGCUCGCUACGUUCGCACCGCACGACGGUUUUUCCAAUCCGCACGACAUCGCCGUAACCCCCGACGGUUCGAAGGUCUACGUUCCCGAGCUCAAUCCAUAUAGAGUGUGCAAGUUUGUGGACGAAACACCAAGAAAUGGCACGGAGCGAAACACACCGGUCAAGCCGACGGCUACUAUUGAGUCGGUCGGGCCGGUGGUGGACGGGGCCGUGGGAGUGGGCGUGGGACUGGGUGCGGGCGUGCAGGCAGGCGCGUGGGGAGCGCUGUGGGGCGCGCUGGGCGCCGUCCUGCUGGCGCUGGGUGCGCUGGCGUUGCUGCGCGCGCGCAACCGCGGUAAGGACUUCGAGGACGAACCGCUCGUGCACUAG